GGCGGGGCCACGGGCAGGCUCUCGAAAGCCAGGUAAGUAAAAGCACCGCCGGGCAUCCCCUUCCCCUCCUUCUCGAAAGGUUUUGGUUCUCCUUUCUCCUCUCAAAAAAGCAUCCCCAAAGAAACAGUUACAUAGACGAAGGGGAUAGAAAGCUAUUGGCAAGAUCGCAGCCCCCGGACAUGGAAAGGAGUUUCCAGCCCUGGCUGUACAGCUGCUUCUUAACCGCAGUGCUAGCAAUACUGCCAGAGCCAAAAAAUGUAAGGAUGAAUUCAGUUAAUUUGAAGAACAUUCUGCAGUGGGAGCCACCUGAUUUUUAUAAGGGAAAUGUGACCUACACAGCCCAGUAUAAAAGUUAUAGGUCAUUUGAUGAUAAGUGCAAGAAUAUUAUCCUCACCAGCUGUGACUUCUCAGAUAUUUCCAAAUAUGGUAACUACAUCUUGCGUGUCAGGGCUGAAUCUGAAGAUGACCAGUCAGAUUGGGUAAACGUCACCUUUUGUCCGUUGGAAGACACCAUCAUUGGACCUCCUGAAAUACAAGUAGAAUCACUGGCUGGUUCUUUACACUUACACUUCUCAUGUCCAAACGUUGAAAAUGAGCCUAACAUGUGGACUUUAAAAGAUUAUUAUUACUCAUGGACUUACAACAUACAAUACUGGAAAAAUGGCACCAACGAUAAGUUGGAAAAAAAUGUCCCACAUGACUCUGAAGUCCUUAGUGAUCUGGAUCCUCGGACAGUUUAUUGUCUUCAAGUUCAAGGGUUUGUAACUGAUAAGAACAAAACUGGAGAAUGGAGCCAGCCAAUCUGUGCCCAAACUACUGAUAAUGGGUUACAUCCAUACUGGAUUUAUGUUGCUGUGCUCAUUGUAUCCAUGAUAGUGGUUUUAAUGUUGGUGCUUGGUUGUUUCUGCAUGGUGUGGUACUUCUACAGAAAAGUAAAGUGUACAUUCUUCCCCGGAUAUUCUUUUCCUCAGCAUCUGAAAGAGUAUUUGGAACAGCCUUCUAAAUGCAAUUCAUUUCUCUUGCCUGUACCAUCCAGUGAGAGUGAAUCCUUUGAUAAGUUAAGUGUCAUAGAAGAAUCUGAAAAUACUGGUCAUGACACCAGAGGUCCAUGUGACUAUUCAACAGAAGUUUUGCAACAAUCCCUACUCUCUGGAGAAAAAAACACCUAGCUGGUCAUAGCACUCAGAAAGUUUAUCCAAUCUCGUCCAAGUAAAGAACAUGUAAUGAAAUAUAGAGUUCUGCCUUCAGAUCAAACUCUGACUCAAGAGCCUUCUUUCCAUAGCUGGACUGGUUGUAAUUUGAAGUGAUCAUCUGGCAGAAAAUCCUGCAUUAUGGUUAUUUCCCACUUGAGAGGUUACUAAUAGAAAACACAAAGGGUGUUUUUGAGAUUUCUCUUUUACUAACAUACUUUCUGAUCUAUCUGAUGCCAAAUAAGUGACAAAUUUAAAUAAAAAUAAACGUUUGAAGGAAUGAAUGCAACUAAGUGCCUCUGAAACCCUAACUAAAAAUAUGCUGUUCUAGGAGGGAGAAAUCCUCAGUGCAAUCUAAGAAGGUCUAAAUAAUGUUGUACAAAAUACUAAAUUUUUUCCAAAAAAAAAUUUUACUAGGAAUAUUUUCAUAUUUUUGUUCUUGUAAUAUAAACAACACCAUGUUAAUUUGUAUUCCUCUAUUUAAUUCAAUUUGUCAGUGUCACAAUUUGUGUAAUUAUAUAAGACUGAAUAAUUCAAUUGUUACUGACAUUUCCUAUUCUUGGGGUUGUUUUGAGAAUCCAGUGAGGAAAUGUUAUAUAAAAUGCUUGUAGCCAUAAUAAAGUUGAGCUACUAUUAAAUGUCAGUUUACAGUAUUUUAAAAUGUAUUUGAUUUUGAAUCAAAGAGGGAGGAGUUAAGAGAAUUAGGAGAAAAGCUCUAAUCACAUUUCUUCUAUUAAUUUGCAAUCUUAGGAACAUGCCCUUCCAUUCCUUUGCUCACUCUGUUCCCUAUUCCUGAGAAUACCUCCUUCCCCUAACUUUGAAUCCUUGCUUAUUUGAAAUGCAUCUUAUCUUUCUAAGCUUAAAUAUUGCCUGUUCCAUGAAGUCUUCAUAGCUUCUAGGUCUAUGCUAAAUCUCUGAAAUUUCACAGCAAUCUGUUUAUGUAUUUCAUGCACAUCUCUGUUUUGUUAUAUUUAUUGAUGUACAGGUCAUCUUUAUUGGACCUCAUACAUAGUAGGUGUCCUAUAAAUCUUUGUGGAAUGAUGGGUUAAAAGAAAUCCUUGUUCAGGCCUUCACCCUUAUUAAAUGAAGCAAACUAAGGAAGUGAAAAUUAACAGUUUAUUCAACUCCUCAAAGGGGAGAAACAUUGGGAGGGCUAGCGCCAAAUCCAGUUGUAGCCUGCUUUUAUAGACAGGAGUAAAUGUCUUCCAGGGCAGCUAGAGGGUGCAGUGGAUAGAGCACU